AUGGACCACGACCAUCCCGAUAGCCUUCCCGGGUCAUCAAACUCUUCAAAUGGCCCCCCUCCGUCCAACAGCGAUGCCAAAGAGUCGAUCUCUGAAGAGCAGGCUUCGCCGCGGAUAGCCUACCGCCCACCAACACCGCCACGACACAAGCCCGGCCCCGAUGCCCCCGAUACCCUUCCGCCUCUGCCUCCAAAUGCCUAUUCGAAUCAGCAUCCCAGGGCCGCAGAGCCCCUGCAUACCCGUCACGAGCCAUAUCCGGCUCUGCCAGCACCAGCGCCUGCCCCUGCGCCUGCCCCUGCUCAUCUGGGCUCCUACGGACACUACAACUUCAACUCAGAGAUAUAUCCAAGCAGCAUCGGCUCAGCACCGACUACCCCCGUUGGCCUGUAUUCGUCCUCUGGCGGCAGCGGCCCGGAGCUGCUGGCGACUCCGCCUUCCUCUCCCACCGCACGCUCCCCCGUACUGCGCUCCAGUCGGACCCAGUUUCGUCUGGAGCUGCAGCGACAGCAAUUCCUGACCGAAGAGCGAGACCUGGCCAAGCAGCAUCAAGUCGAGCGCAUCCGCCGCGAGUCUGAGCGCCUGGGGCUGGAGUACCAGUCCCUCGUCACCAGGACCGGCGUCAAUCCCAUCGCCGAAAGCAUCCACCGCAUAAGCAAGCUCCCAGAGACCUAUUCGAACUUUACUCUCUUUCCUUCGGACGAAUCCCCCCUCGGCUCGGCGCUGCAUGUCCUUUCCUCCACCUUUGGCCUGGGAGACCACGGGACCUCCUCGCUCCGCCACGAUCUGCUUCACGAGCCCAAGCCCCGCCGCGAUGCCUUGGGGCUCAAGAGCAUCCCGUGGUCCUCGGGCUUUGCAAGCCAAGGUCCCUCGCGCAAUGCCUCGCCUAUUCCGGAGCAUCCUCCUGCUCUGGGCCAGCGCAGCCCGCUUCCGAACGUCCCGCCUGCGGCUCCGGGCCAUGCAACGGGAUCGACUCGACAUCCUUCGCAACGGAAGCGCUCCACGGGAUCCGACCACGGCGAUAGGGCUGCCCUCGACAAGCCUGCGCCCGCCGCCCGCCAACCCCAAGACGGCCACAUCCCACGCAUCCACUCGGGCACACAGCAGUAUCUGGAUCAAGAGCGGCCCGCUCGACGCUCGGGCUCAUCAGGGAGACGAGGAACCCCACCCGCCCGCCGAGACUUGUCGUCAAGUUAA